AUGAAUUUCCAGCCGAUAAACCCCAAGCCAUUCCUCCAGUCGUUGCUCAAUAAGCAGGUUAUAGUGAAGCUCAAGUUCAACAGCAUAGAGUAUCGCGGAAAGCUUCUUUCGAUUGACAACUACAUGAAUUUGUUGAUGGAUAAAGAUGUGAAGGAGGUGAAUGGAAAAACGCGGGAGGUGAGUCCAUUGGGGGAUGAGAUGUUUAUAAGGUGUAAUAAUGUUUUGUGGAUAUGUGAGGAUAAGAAGGAAAAGAAGGAUGAGAAGGAAAAGAGUGAUGAUAAGGAAAAGAGUGAUAAUAAGGAAAAGAAGGAUGAGAAGGAGAAGGAGAAGAAAGAUAAGAGUGAGAAGAGUGAGAAGAGUGAGAAGAGUGAGAAGAGUGAUGAUAAGCAAAAGAAGAAUAAGAAAGAUAAUAAGGAUAAUAAUGAUAAAACAGAGAUAGAAAGUGCCGAUGUGGAUAUGAACUAA